CUUCACCUUGUGUCCAAAAAUUGCAACGGAGCGGAGCGAACGAAGAGGAGCACAUUUGGGGGUCUUUUAGCGAAAGUGUUAACAUUCAAAUGAAAGACGGAUGUCCCCGUAGCACAGCGCCGUGCGUAGCUGGUCUUCGAACGGGAAGGCAACAUGAAGCAAGACCCAUGGUGGGGAAGACUUCCCUCAUCAUGUCCUUGGUUGGAGAGGAGUUCCCCGAGGAGGUUCCGUCUCGAGCUGAAGAAAUCACCAUCCCUGCUGAUGUCACUCCAGAGAAAGUGCCCACACACAUCGUUGACUACUCAGAAAAAGAGCAGAGUGAUGAGACCCUUAGAGGAGAGAUCCUCAAGGCCAAUGUGGUGUGUUUAGUCUAUGAUGUCACCAACGAGGACUCAAUAGAAAAGAUCAAGACAAAAUGGAUACCUUUAGUAAAUGGCGAUGCAGAGAAAGGAAACAAAGUUCCAAUCAUCCUCGUGGGGAACAAGUCGGAUCUGCGCUCGGGUAGCUCCAUGGAAACCAUUCUCCCCAUCAUGAACCAGUUUUCUGAGAUUGAGACGUGUGUCGAGUGUUCUGCAAGGAAUCUCAAAAACAUAUCGGAGCUGUUCUACUACGCACAGAAGGCAGUCCUCCACCCCACCGCCCCUCUGUAUGACCCCGAGGACAAACAGCUCAAACCUCUGUGUGUCAAAGCGCUCAGUAGAAUCUUUUACAUCUCCGACCAGGACAACGACCACGUCCUCAGUGACGCUGAGCUCAACUGUUUUCAAAAAUGUUGUUUUGGAAAUCCGCUGGCGCCAGAGGCCUUAGAAGAUGUAAAGACGGUUGUUUGGAAAAAUACGAGUGAUGGAGUGCAGGACAAUGGCCUGACUUUAAAUGGUUUCUUGUUCCUUAAUACAUUAUUCAUCCAGCGUGGCCGACAUGAAACCACGUGGACAAUCCUCAGGAAGUUUGGUUACGACGACAACCUCGAACUGAAUGAUGAUUACCUUUACCCCGCCCUACGGGUUCCUGCAGGCUGUACCACUGAACUCAAUCAUUUGGGUCACCAGUUCCUCCAGCGACUGUUUGAUAAGUAUGAUGACGAUAAGGACUCUGCGCUGUCACCAGCAGAGCUGAAGAAUCUGUUCUGUGCUUGUCCUUACAUGCCGUGGGGCGCCGACGUCUACAUGACCGUCCCGACAACCACCGAGGGUUACAUCUCUAAUCACGGCUUCCACUGUCAGUGGAGGCUGUCUGCUUAUCUCGACAUCCACCGUUGCCUGGAGCACCUGGGAUACCUCGGCUAUCCUAUCCUCACGGAGCAGGAGUCGCAGACGGCUGCAGUCACAGUAACGAGAGAGAGAGACGCAGACCUGGAGAAGCGCCAAACGCAGCGUUCAGUGUUUCUGUGCAAGGUGAUCGGGCAGCGGGGGACGGGCAAAACGACCUUUCUCCAGGCCUUCGUAGGCCGCAACACUGUGAACAACGCGAGCGGCAGCAGUGCCUUCUCCCCCUUCGCCAUAAACGCGGUCCGAAUCAGCAAUCAAGAGAAGUCCCUUAUCCUCAACGAAGUGGAUGUGGAGGCGGACUUCCUGAAGGCGUCGGACUCCCACUGCGACGUCGCUUGUCUCAUGUAUGACGCCAGUGACCCACAUUCCUUUGACUAUUGCGCCAGCAUAUACAAGCAACACUACAUGGAGAGUGACAUCCCAUGUGUGCUGGUGGCCUCCAAGCAAGACCUCCCCGAAGUCAAGCAAUUCCACGGCGUGACGCCAGCUGAGUUCUGCUCCAAACACAGACUGCCUCAACCGUUGCCUUUCUCCUACACGUUUCCCGACUCCAGCACCAAGAACAUCUACACCAGACUUGCCUGGGCUGCUGUGUACCCGCACCUGAAUGGUUCAGAGAUGAGCAACACUUCAUUCUGGCUGAGAGUGGCAUUGGGCUCAGCUGUGGUUGCAGUUGUGGGUUUUGCUCUUUACAGAGUGGCUGUCAGACUGAAAUGACCUGGGACAAGUUGAGUUUUUUUGUUCGUUUGCUCACUCCAGCCAUACCGAUGAAGACUCCCGAUAGAGUUGUAAUCUGCCCCGGUGUGUGUUGGAACUAUCCUAGUGUUUGAAAAACACAGUCUUUGUGGUCCUUACAGUUCCUGUUUUUGCCAUAGACCAGUUUUCUGCCUUACCUUCACCUGGUGUGACGUCUACUUGAUUCACAUAGAACACAAACGACAAGUUGAAAUCCAAACAAGUGCGCUAUCAAAAUGGACAGCAGCCCGGAAAAGAAGUCCUCAAUUAAUUGUUCAUGAGAUUAAAACGUUUUAUUAUA